AAAUUGUACUUCAGUACAGUACUUGAGUAAAUGUACUUAGUUACUUUCCACCACUGCUUGUAAACAUCGAAAUCUGAAGAAAGGACGCCAGUGAGGGAAACAUGGAAGCAAUUAAGACUUGAGAUGUGAAACCAGUGUUUAUGGUUCAUCGCGUCAAAAACGUUGUUUUUACGUCAUCACUGACGCAUUUUGCGUAAAACAACAACAACAACAACAACAACAACAACAACAAAAAAAAAACAACGACGAAUAACAUGCCUUCUGUCACCACCUGUGGGUUUUUUUUUUGUCACUUAUGGAUCCAUAGUGACUCUGACGCAGCUCUGCAACCUGUAAACCACGUGACCAAUGAUCCCUUUUCCGGGAUCACAACAGAGCAGUGACGCCCCACAAAACCACUGCAGCUGAAUGUACAGUGGUCCUGGCUUUUACACAACUUGAACAUCCACCAGUGUAACCAGCCAGGAUCCGUCCGAGCUGCCUUCUUCCCCGCACACCGCUGCUGAGUAUUUUGUUUAGAUCAUGUCUAAGAAGGGAGGAACCCACAGGGAUACUGAGGGGCUGGUGGACGCGUCCAUCAUCCGGAUCCCGCCUCACCACUACAUCCAUGUGCUGGACCAGAACACCAAUAUCGCCCGCGUGGAGAUCGGACCGCUCACCUACAUCCGCCAGGACAAUGAAAGAGUGCUCUUCUCUCCGGAGCGUAUGAUCAUGGUGCCACCGCGUCACUACUGCGUGGUCGCCAACCCUGUGGCCCGCGAUGACAACGGCCAGGUCCUCUUUGACCAAUCCGGUCAGGCCAAACUCCGCCAUGCCGACCUGGAGAUCCGUCUGACCCAGGAUCCGUUCCCACUGUACCCUGGAGAGCAGAUCCAGCAGGAUGUGACACCACUGCAGAUCGUGUAUCCGGACACGGCGCUGCGUCUGCAGGCGCUGCUGGACUUUGAGGAGGAGGGAGGAGAGAAGAGAGUGGCUGGAGACGAGUGGCUGUUCGAAGGGCCGGGAACCUACAUCCCGAGGAAGGAGGUGGCGGUUCUGGAGACCACCAAAGCCACGGUCAUCAGAGAGAACCAGGCCAUCCGACUGAGAGCUCGCAAGGAAGGAGUGGACCGAGGAGGCGUCCGCCGAGUCACAGGUGAGGAGUGGCUGGUCAGUAAGGUGGGAGCGUACCUUCCAGGUGCCCAUGAGGAGGUCAUCGACAUUGUUAAUGCGUUCAUCCUGACUGACAAGAAAGCGCUCCACGUUCGUGCUCUGCGGCCGUUUAAAGACGCCACCGGGCGGGACCGGCGUACAGGGGAGGAGUGGCUCGUCACCAUGGCGGACCGGGAGGCUCAUAUCCCCUCUGUGGCCGAAGAGGUGGUGGGCGUGGUGGAUGUAACCACUCUGAGCAGCCGACAGUACUGUGUGAUCCUUGACCCGGUCGGACCUGAUGGGAAACCUCAGCUGGGCCAGAAGAGGGUGGUGAAGGGUGAGCGUUCAUUUUUCCUGCAGCCAGGUGAGCAUCUUGAACGCGGCAUCCAGGACGUGUAUGUGCUGUCGGAGGAGGAAGGUCUGGUGCUGAGAGCUGUGGAGGCGUUCAACGACACUGAGGAGCGUGAGGAAGAAGAGGAGGCAGAGGAGGAGGAGGAACUGCAGGAGAGGGCCAAGCGAUCGCGGAGGAACGGCGUCCUCCGUCGCCCCGGAGACCGCUGGAUGCUGCGGGGGCCCAUCGAGUAUGUCCCCCCUGCGACGGUGGAGGUGAUGCUGAGACGUCAGGCCAUCCCACUUGACGAGAACGAGGGAAUCUACGUGCGGGACAUCAAAACUGGAAAGGUGCGUGCAGUGAUCGGUCACACCUACAUGCUGACUCAGGAUGAGGAGCUGUGGCAGAAGGAGCUUCCUGCUAACGUCGAGGCGUUGCUGGCUUCUCCUCGGGACCCGCUGGCUGACCGCUCGGACCGGACCACAACCAGUGAGAACAGGCCGAGGGACAAGACCAAGGUGGUGUGCUAUAGGGUCCCCCACAACGCUGCUGUCCAGGUGUAUGACUACAGAGAGAAGAAAGCCAGGGUGGUGUUUGGACCAGAGAUGGUGAUGUUGGGGCCCGACGAGCAGUUCACUGUGCUGUCGCUGUCUGGGGACAAACCCAAGAGGGCCAACGUCAUCAAGGCCGUCUGCCUCCUGCUGGGGCCCGACUUCUUCACUGACAUCAUCACCAUUGAGACGGCCGAUCACGCUCGACUGCAGCUGCAGCUCUCCUACAACUGGCACUUUGAUGUGAAGUCUCCAGCAGACCCUGCUGUGGCAGCAGCUCUGUUUUCAGUUCCUGACUUUGUGGGAGACGCCUGUAAAGCCAUCGCCUCCCGGGUCAGAGGAGCCGUCGCCUCUGUGCAGUUUGAUGAUUUCCACAAGAACUCCAACCGCAUCAUCUGCUCGGCUGUGUUUGGCUUCGAUGAGAAGCUGGCGGUUCGUCCCAGCCUGCGCUUCAACCAGAACAACCUGAUGAUCAGCAGUGUGGACAUCCAGUCUGUGGAGCCCGUCGAUCAGAGGACACGAGACGCCCUGCAGAAGAGCGUCCAGCUGGCCAUUGAGAUCACCACCAACUCCCAAGAGGCCGCCGCACGGCACGAGGCGGAGCGUCUGGAGCAGGAGGCUCGGGGGAAGCUGGAGAGGCAGAGGAUCACCGACCAGGCCGAGGCUGAGAGAGCCAGGAAGGAGCUGCUAGAACUGGAGGCCCUCAGUGCUGCAGUGGAGAGCACAGGAGCUGCGAAGGCUGAGGCUCAGUCACGGGCAGAGGCGGCUCGAAUUCAGGGCGAAGCGGCGGUCAACGAGGCCAAACUGAAAGCUGAGGCUCAGAGGAUCGAGGCGGAGGCAGAGCUUCAGCGGCUGUCGAAGGCUCGUGAGCAGGAACUGGGCUACAAGAAGGAGAUGGACCGUCUGGAGGUGGAGAAGCAGGAGCGUCUGGCUCAGAUCGAGAGUCAACGCUUCAGUCAGCUGGUGGAGAGUUUGGGCAGCGACACACUGAAGGAGAUGGCCAGAGCUGGGCCUGAGCUGCAGGUUAAAAUGCUGCAGGCUCUGGGGCUGAAGUCCACCCUCAUCACAGAUGGAUCAUCACCCAUCAACCUGUUCACUACAGCCAACGGCCUGCUGGGGGCACUGCCGGGCCAGGGCCAGGGCCAGGGCCAGGGCCAAUGAGAAAGGGGAGUAAGAGUAGGAAGAGGAACAGAAGGGAAAAAAUGUCCAAAAGUAAACCUCAACAGAUGAUCAGUUCAAGAUCACUUAUCACCACUUUUUCGGAUCAAAUCUUUAAAAUUACUGUUUUCAUGCUGAGAAUGGCACAAACCCAAGAAUUUACUUCUCUACUUCAAAAAACAAACAGCUGAAGACACAAAAUUAAAGCUGCUUUUUACAAUUCACAAUUUUUUUUAAGGAAAAGUA